UUGCUGGUAAAGUCCUGCGCUUUGAAACAUGCGCUGGAUUCACAUAAAAUAAUGGCAACAGGCGGGUGAGAUAUUUGGUAUAGGCUGCGUUCUGGAGCCAAAGGCUGUACGCGUUUUGUAGCUCUCUUUUUUUUAUUUUCAUUUUGGGCGUCUCUAUUGAGGAAUUCCCCGAGUUUGCAUGGACUAGUCCAGCAGAGAUGCACGUUCAAGCCAACUGUCGGCGAGAAGCUCCGUUUUCUCUGCACCACAGAGCAAAGAUGGGGAUCGUUUGGAUGGUGUUAUUGAAGUUGGUGUAAACGCAAAGAUCCAUACAAGGAGGAACACUUUUUUGUGACGUCUUGAUUUUAAUAGUUUAUUAUUAUUUUUUUUUUUUUCAAUGUUGUGUUACAACAACACACAUCCUUCCCCCUAAGACGCAUGUUUACUCUGCCCUCACCGAAGCGCAGCGCGCCUGCCUGCGCGGAUGGAGCUCUCCCUUUUCAACUUGGAUACAGUUCUAUUCUUCACUCUUACCAAUUAAGUUUGGGCGAUUGCAGGUGCUGAAAGCAGACAGAGGGAAGAAGGGAACUGGAGGAAGAAAUGCGGUGACCAAAUGCGCACCGCCGUUUAAUGCGCGCCAGCGUCCGAUUAUUUACCACCUUACACCUCCGUCUAAUUAUACACUGUUAUGUAACAAAUUGCUUUGCUAAAUGACGAUAUGAUCAUCUGAAGUACUUUUUGAUUACUGUGAAUUCGGUCGGAUAUUGGGCAUUUGGUUCAAAAAGACGCGUUUGGAAUAUCGAGCCUCUCCAGGGGAGACGCAGCGCAGUCACCGGAGUUACAGGGAGCCGGGGGAGAGGAAUUUGGAAAGUGGCGCUCACGUUUGAGGAUUACCAAGCCUUUUUAUUCUGCAUAACACAGACGUCCAAUUUGAUGUCUGAAAAGAAACUUAGGUUGCCAUGAGUGAGGAGGAGGAGGGCCCUGGUGUUGCAACAUCAACAACACAGUCAGCAGCAACAACCUCCAAGGUAACAACAGCAAUAGCCAAAAGCAGGGAUGUUGUUGUUUCAUCCUCGUCCCCCUGCUGGUCCUCUCCUUGUUACCACCUGUAUCCUGAGGAAAAAAAGGCAGAAAAGGAGGAGAAAGGGAUCAUUAAGGAAGAGAGGAUCAAGGAAGAAGAAAAGGAGCUGAAGGAAGUGGAGGAGCGUGAAGGUGAUGAUGAAGAGGAGGAUGAUGAUGACAGCAGCAGCGAUACCAGUGUGUUAGUUGUGCCCCAUCCUGAGCUGGUGCCUGUGGUCUUCUUCUGUCUGAAACAGACAACCUGCCCCCGCAGCUUGUGCAUCCGUAUGGUCUGCAGUCCAUGGUUUGAGCGUGUCAGCAUGAUGGUAAUCCUGCUCAACUGCGUGACCCUUGGGAUGUACCAGCCCUGCGAAAACAUCGACUGCUCCUCAGACCGAUGCCAAAUAUUACAGGCCUUUGAUGCGUUCAUCUACAUCUUCUUUGCUAUGGAGAUGGUUAUAAAGAUGGUUGCUCUGGGAAUAUUUGGGCGGCGCUGUUACCUUGGGGACACAUGGAACCGUCUGGAUUUCUUCAUCGUCAUGGCAGGGAUGGUUGAAUACUCUCUGGAUUUGCAGAACAUCAACUUUACAGCCAUCAGAACUGUGAGGGUGCUGCGGCCUCUCAAGGCGAUUAACAGGGUGCCAAGUAUGCGCAUCCUGGUGAACCUGCUGCUCGACACUCUGCCCAUGCUUGGCAAUGUGCUCCUCCUCUGCUUUUUUGUUUUCUUCAUAUUUGGCAUCAUUGGAGUACAGCUGUGGGCGGGGCUGCUCAGGAACCGUUGCUACCCUGAAGAGAAUUUCACACUCACCACGGGUAUCAGUCUCCCUAGACCUUACUACAUGGCUGAUGAAGAUGAUGAGCGGCCUUUCAUUUGCUCCUUGCCUGUUGACAACGGCAUCAUGUCCUGCUUGGAUGUCCCAGCCCGUCGUGAAGGAGGCAGAGCCUGUUGUUUGGAUAAAGAGGACGUUUUCUACCGCCAGUCCAUUGGAUUGAGUCCUGAACCUCUGAGCAAUGGGAGUAUCAGUGUAGCUGGCCUGUGUGUCAACUGGAACCAGUAUUACACCCGAUGUCAUACUGGGAGCAGUAACCCACACAAAGGUGCUAUCAAUUUUGAUAACAUUGCCUAUGCCUGGAUUGUCAUAUUUCAGGUGAUUACUCUGGAGGGAUGGGUGGAAAUUAUGUACUAUGUUAUGGAUGCGCACUCUUUCUACAACUUUAUCUACUUCAUCCUGUUGAUAAUAGUUGGAUCCUUUUUCAUGAUCAACCUGUGCCUUGUCGUCAUUGCAACCCAGUUUUCAGAGACGAAGCAGCGGGAGCAUCAGUUAAUGCAGGAGCAGCGAGCUCGGUGCUCAUCCUCUUCGACGUUGGCCAGUGAGCCAGGAGAUUGUUAUGAAGAGCUCUUCCAGUUGGUUUGCCACUGCCUCCGCAAGGGCAGGAGACAGACCAUUGCAUUUUUUAACAACUUAAGAGGUAAACCUCGUGGAUUCCAAGGUAUUGGGAGAGGAAGACAUGGAGGGGUAGCGAGAGAGGGGAAAGUUAAUAGAAGAGAAGAACGUGAGAGAAGACUAGUGUCAAGGCCUGCUCAUCCAUGCCCUCAUCAUCAUAAAGCAGACAACACUUCGGCAGCUGAGCCUGUAGCCCUGACUGCUACCUCGAAUGUAGAUGGUUGUCCCCGGUGUGCUGCAGCUCUAAAACUAAAAGAUGGAGUUGGAUCUCAAUGUGUAGCUGGAAAUGAAACGGAAGAGGGAACCAGGGAGAAAAAUGAUAGUGAAGAUAAGCAAAAGCAAGGAAACCAAAACAAGGACAAAAAAAAACAGAAUUGUGGGGAGAACCAUAUAGGUUGUAGUCCAAAGAAACAGUGUAAAGAACUUUGGCAGCAGACAAGGAAGAAGUUAUGGGGCAUUGUAGAGAGCAAGUACUUUAACCGCGGCAUCAUGAUCGCCAUCCUAAUCAACACCAUCAGCAUGGGGAUUGAGCACCACGAGCAGCCAGAUGAGCUCACCAAUGUACUAGAAAUCUGCAACAUCGUUUUCACCAGCAUGUUUUCCCUGGAGAUGAUCCUAAAGUUAACUGCUUUUGGCUCUUUCAAUUACUUGCGAAACCCCUACAAUGUCUUCGAUGGAAUCAUCGUCAUUAUAAGUGUUUGUGAGAUUGUUGGCCAGUCGGAUGGUGGUUUAUCUGUGCUAAGGACAUUCCGGCUGUUGAGGGUGCUGAAGCUGGUGAGGUUCAUGCCGGCUCUCAGGAGACAGCUUGUCGUUCUAAUGAAGACUAUGGACAAUGUGGCCACCUUCUGUAUGUUACUAAUGCUCUUCAUCUUCAUAUUCAGCAUUCUCGGGAUGCACAUCUUUGGCUGUAAAUUCAGUCUAAAGACAGAGACUGGGGAUACAGUACCAGACAGGAAGAACUUUGACUCUUUGCUGUGGGCUAUUGUCACUGUUUUCCAGAUUCUGACUCAGGAGGAUUGGAACGCGGUUUUGUACAACGGCAUGGCAGCCACCUCGCCACUUGCUGCUCUUUACUUUGUGGCGCUCAUGACAUUUGGAAACUAUGUCCUCUUUAAUCUACUAGUGGCCAUUUUGGUUGAAGGGUUUCAGGCAGAGGGUGAUGCGAAUCGCUCCUACUCUGAUGAUGACCACUCUUCUUCAAACUAUGAUGAGAGUGAGAAACGUGACUCAAUAAAGCUGUCUGAUCCGAGGAUUUGUACUUUAACACCAAACGGUCACCUGGAGCUUGGUGCCCUCUAUGGCUCAAGGGGAUCCUAUUCUUCAGAGAAGCAGAGCUUCACCAAUGAAUCCAGAAAGAGCAGCCUAAUGAGUCUGGGGAAGAGCAGCAUGGAGAGACGCUCCCUUUCUCUGCGUCAUGGUCGCAGUUCCAACUACCACAACUGGGGCCGUCCUUUUCCUCCACAGUCUGUAUGGAGUCGCAGGUCUAGCUCAAACAGCCUUGGGAGGAGGAGCUAUGGUUCUGGUGGGGUACCUCCAGUUGGAGGCAGCCUGCGCGUCCGCAGUACCCGCUCACCCUACUCCUACAACCAUGCUUCAGAGCAAGAGUCCCUUCUCUCGCACCCUGUGCACUCCCAUCAUCCUCUCCCACCCUCUUUGUUCCUCUCCAAACAUUUUGGUGCAAGAGGGGAUCGAAGGGCUCUUUCACUGGAACUCCCAGAGUUGCUCCGCACAGGUGGACAAGCUCCAGGACUGCCCCCAACACAGAUUAAAGAUCAUGGAAGAAAGAAUGGUUCUGGGGCAGUAGGCAGUCUCAUGGGAGGCUCGGGAGUUGGUAGUGGUUUAGGCCUUGAACACAGGGACUGUAAUGGAAAGGCAUCAGGUCAUCACAAUCAUCUGAUAACUGAUGUCUUCCCGCAAGUAAAUGCACGCAAGGACAGGACAGAUCUAGAUGAAGAAACAGACUAUAGUUGGUGCUUUCGUAUUCAGAAGAUGAUGGAGGUAUACAAGCCAGACUGGUGUGAAACUAGAGAGAACUGGUCUGUCUAUCUUUUCUCUCCACAAAAUAAGUUCAGGCUUCUCUGUCAAUCCAUAAUUGCUCAUAAGCUUUUUGACUACAUAGUCCUGGUCUUUAUCUUCCUCAACUGCAUCACAGUGGCUCUGGAGAGGCCUAGGAUUCUUCAAGGAAGCCUGGAAAGGCUGUUACUUACACUUUCAAACUACAUAUUUACGGCCAUCUUUGUUGCAGAAAUGACAGUCAAGGUUGUGUCCAUGGGUCUAUAUCUCGGGGAAACAGCAUAUCUGAGGAGCAGCUGGAACAUCCUGGAUGGUUUUCUGGUGUUUGUGUCUCUCAUUGAUAUUGUAGUGUCAAUGGCAGGAGGGGCUAAGAUUCUGGGGGUUCUCCGUGUACUCCGGCUGCUGCGGACACUCCGACCUCUUAGGGUUAUCAGCAGGGCUCCAGGACUGAAGCUGGUGGUAGAGACACUAAUUACUUCUCUGAAACCCAUUGGCAACAUUGUUCUUAUUUGCUGUGCCUUUUUCAUCAUCUUUGGGAUUCUUGGAGUUCAGCUCUUCAAAGGCAAGUUCUACUACUGUGUGGGUUUUGAUGUGAAGAACAUCACUAAUAAAUCGGACUGCCUUGCUGCCAACUACCGAUGGGUUCAUCAUAAAUACAACUUUGACAACCUUGGACAGGCUCUUAUGUCAUUAUUUGUGCUGGCAUCAAAAGACGGCUGGGUUAACAUUAUGUACCAUGGAUUAGAUGCAGUGGGAAUCGACCAGCAGCCGGUGACCAACAACAAUCCGUGGAUGCUGCUGUACUUCAUAUCUUUCCUCUUGAUUGUCAGCUUUUUCGUCCUCAAUAUGUUUGUGGGUGUGGUGGUGGAGAAUUUCCACAAGUGUCGGCAGCAUCAGGAAGUGGAGGAGGCAAGGCGUAGAGAAGAAAAGCGCCAACGUCGCAUGGAAAAGAAGAGGAGAAAGGCACAGAAACUGCCAUACUAUUCUUCUUAUGGCCGUACCCGCCUGGCCAUCCAUGCUCUGUGUACCAGCCACUACCUGGACUUAGUAAUCACCUUCAUUAUAUGCAUUAAUGUCAUCACUAUGUCCCUGGAGCACUACAGCCAGCCACAGUCACUUGAGACUGCCCUCAAGUAUUGCAACUACUUCUUCACCUCUACCUUUGUGAUUGAGGCGUCUCUCAAGCUAGUGGCAUUUGGCUUCCGGCGCUUCUUCAAGGACAGGUGGAACCAGCUGGACUUGGCAAUAGUGCUCUUGUCUGUAAUGGGCAUCACUCUGGAGGAGAUUGAAAUCAACGCCUCUCUUCCGAUCAAUCCGACCAUCAUCAGGAUCAUGAGGGUGCUCAGAAUAGCACGAG